AUGAUUUUCUUCACCAGGAAGCAGAAGCUCUUCCUCGUCGGCUUUGCCGUCUUCUACCUAUUCCUUCUGAUCGUCUACAAAUUUCGUUCAGCUCGCGAUCCAGGCUCGUUUUUCUUCGAUCCAGAGGAAGGCUACCGACCGGAGUAUAGUCUAAAACGACUGGAUGAGUCGCUAGAGUAUCUCCAACCGUACAACCAGUCGUUCAAUGACCCUACCCAUCCCGCAAGAAACUUCACUACUUCCGCCGACGAUGCCACGAUCUGCGUCGGAGUCGUCACAGUGAAGCGACCGCUUGAGCAGAAAAUCUCUACGACCGUUGCUUCCAUCCUCGAUAAUCUGUCCGAGAAAGAGCGCGACACCAUCACCGUCCACGUCCUCUUCGCAUUAACUUCCCCGACCGAACACCCGGACUACAACCAGCCAUGGCUGCCCAAUGUCGUUGACCGCGUCCUGACCUACGACCAAUUCGACGUCAAAUUUUCUACGCUUCGUCGGCUCGAGGAGAAGAAGGACGUCAAGCACAAGUCUCUCAUCGACUACCACCUCUCGCUGAAAUCCUGCUACGAAGAUACCCAGGCGCCAUGGAUAAUGAUGCUGGAGGACGACGUGGUCGCACAGCGUAACUGGUACAACCACACCAUGCAGAGUGUCAAAACUAUCCAGUCGUGGCGUGAAAGAGGCCUAAUCAAGAACUGGCUAUACGUGCGGCUCUUCUACACGGAGAAGUUUCUGGGGUGGAACAGCGAGAACUGGCUCCUUUAUACGGCUUGUAGCGUCGGGAUUAUCGCCACAGUCGCUGUCAUAUGCAUCCAGACUCGUCGCUCGAUACGACCAUUGCAAGGAAUACUGAACAAUUCCUUUAUCGGUGUGGUCUGUUUCGGUUGCAUUCCCUUGCUUAUUAUUCUGUACUUCCUUGCGGGCCGCGUUACAAUGCUACCCUUGAAACCGGGUAUACAUCUUAUGAAUUCUCAUGGAUGUUGCUCCCAGGCACUUAUGUUUCCCCGUGAGAACGUCCCCGCGCUUAUUGAUUACUUAGGGCAAGCGCGGUAUGCACGGCCUCUUGCGGUGGAUAGUGCGAUCGAGCGCAUGGCGGAUGCAAAUGGUCUAGACCGGCUGGCAAUUGUACCCUCUCAGAUGCAGCACGUAGGUGCUGCGUCGUACAAGGAGAAUAGGAAGCAAUAUCAGCUGAAAGGGCCGCAUCCGGUGCAAGGGGCUCACGGAGUAUGGAGUAUGGGGUUUGAGAAGGCUUAUGAACUAUAAUGCCCGUUAUUAUGCUCUCUGUCUAUUAUUCAUUUCUGUACAACGUACAUAUAAAGGUAUAGAUAUUUUAUGGGUAUA